CGAUUAUGUUAAUGUAACACGUGACUUUGUUUAUAUAAUACCCCGAUGUCGUUUGUUGUCAUUAUCUGUCAGGAUGUCGGCGAACACGGUUGCCUUUUUCCCAUUUCUGCUGGUAAUAUCAAGUGUGUUUGGGACUUCAAGCAGUCCGGCAGGGAUGUUGGUGUGCUAUUCUCUAAACACCAGUGUGAAAGAACGUCGUCUUCUCGAACGACGAAUAAUCAAGCCCGUCAUAAAGAACGGGGAAUUCACACUUGGAUAAAGUUCUUGCUCUGUUAUAUCAAGAAACUCUGCUGUAUUGGAAUAGACUUAUUUAAACAUUACAAACAGUUCAUAUCUCUAGUGGAGCAGAAACGUGCAAAUGUUAGUGCGUAGUUCAAACGUUGUUAAUAUAUCGCUGGAUUAUACUCAUUUAAUGUGGAGUAAUAAAAUAAAUAAUAGACAAUCAAAAACGCAUUCACUUCCGUGAGCUGCGAGAUAGAAACACUAAUUCUGACGUCAAACUUUACAUAAAUGUACCAUACACAGAAUGUAAGAACACUACAGGAUGUGACAAGGUAACUAGUGUUUUCGAAAUAGAUUUGACAGUGGGUGUGACAGGAGAACAGAGGCAACGUAUGAUUCAAAUGGCUAGCCGUGUGGCGUCCGAUCUUCCAGCUGGUAGCAAUAAAAACUUCUCAUUUAUCGCUGAUAGAAACAUAAACGUUAAGACGCUGGAUACUGUCGCUUUAGAUGUGUCUAACACAUACAGUGACAAGAUCACAGCAUCCGCAAUAGAAACAGGAAUUUCAGACGCUUUUCCCAUUGGUAGGUUCAAGAUGAACGCAGAGAUAGUGUAUCUGCUUCUUAGUGAUUCAACAUCAGUUGAUAUACCACCUAUCCUGCUGAGAAAGAAAACAUUCGUCAUUGUGUUUGGUGUAUCUAUUCCAUCCAGUUUAAGGAGAGUUGCAAGCAGUAACAGUCACAUUCACUUGGUGCGGAACGAUGAUGAAAUUGCUAGUGUUGCAGAACGUAUUCGAGAUCAGACAUGUUUAGAUUCAAGGUAUGUUUGUGAUGUUGACAUGUACAAAGAAAAUAGAAGAUAUUCUAGUUGUAAAGACUGCUACAAUGUCUGUUCACAGAGGAAAAUCAGAGACACUGGAUGUCCGCGCUGUCCAUAUAUGCGGCUACAACCAAAGGUACUGGAAGUAAUUAGUGCCCCUGGUAAAGAUGAACAUGUACCCGUUACGUACAUCAAGGACAAUAAGAACAGUGUCGCAAUGGCCAUAGUCUUAUCACUUGUCACAGUAUGUGCGGUCAAUGGUGCUCUCACAGUGUAUAUAUGUCAUCGCAGACAGGUAGCUUGCUUCGGCCAACACCCCGGAAACAGGAUCCCUGAAGGCGUAGCAGUUGUUGAAGUCGGACAAGAGGAUCAACACGCUGCAGCGAAUGCCAAUGAUAUUCCUCUACUACCUGUUGACCCGCUUCAGCCACAGUUGGAACACGAAGACGGACAUGCAGUUGGCAGACAAGGCUAUGUCAAUCUCCGUCAUAGUCACAGUGGUUGUGGUGCAGAGGAAACUUAUCUGUAGCUUCAUCCUGUACAUAUAUUUACAUAGCUCAGCAGUAGCAUUCUCUAAAACUGACCCGUUUAUUCAACAAUGGUUUCAUAGUCUCUCCUGUACAAAACUGUGACGAUACAGUCGUUCAAAGUACCACAGUUGUCUCAACAAAUUCUUGCUAUUUUUUUAUCUUUGAGAAAUUACGUGUAUCUGUUUUCUAGCAAAAGUAUCAUAAUUAUGCUUAUAAAAUGCUUAUAAAACCCUGCGUCUACAGUGAAAAGUCUGCGCUUCUGUCCACACGUAACACGAAGACGUGGGGCCAGUUAUGUAUGCAUUUUGUUGAUGUAGUUAGUGAAAUUACCUGUAACCGCAGGUAUUCAUUAGAGACUGUUAGAAUAGUUUUAAAUGGCAAAAUAUUCACUAAAGCCAGGAUGUGUCGGCGACGAAAUUACAGAACAAAUUUGUUUUCUUCUUAAAACUGUCAGCUUUAGAACAAUUUUGCCUUGGGGCAUUUUAAAGGUUUCCGACUUGUUCAGCCGAAGAUCCUGCAUGUUGAAGGUAAGGAGAAGUUGAGUAGUUUCCAUUAUCUAUAACUAUAAACAAAGUUGGGUUUUCAUUCAAAAACAAGUCAAAGGGAAUCGGGUAUAAUUUACUGACUUUAAAACAUAUGAGACUUCUUACCAAAUCUUAAAGUGUGUUUAAAUAUUUUAUGUGUAGCCUAAUUUCAAGAAAAAGUUACUUGUUGAUGCUAGUGUCUAUGUAAAUAUGAUAGAGAUGCAGCCAAGUGCUUGUCAAUGACGAGAUAAUGGGACUACUCUCCAUGUUGAUCUCCGAGAUGCUACAAUUUAUUAUAUUCAUGAAUACAUUGUCGUCUUCUGUGCAUUUCAAGCGAAUGCUGUGGAAGACUUAUUAUAUUAUUUUCUAUCAAAAUAUAACAAAUAAAAUAAGAUAAGGAAACAAAAA